AUGAACGCUCGCGCAGAGGGAGCGGAUAUCUUCUCAGCCAGCCCCAUCCAUUACGCAAGCCAAAACAGCCAUUAUGAUACAGCGGUCACGAUCCUACAAAACAACCAAGUGCUAGCCUACACACUCGCUGCCAUCCUCGCCACCUAUCUCGUCCUAGACCACUUCGGUUUCGCCCCCAUCUCCGUGAUUCACGCCGCCUGGAACAGCCUCGUCGUCAUAACACCGGCCCGGCUCGUGGCCGCCCUCGACCCCGGCAUGGUCAAGUCCGACGAUGGCGACGGCGACGGCGCCUCGAAUACCACGCAGAUGACCUUCCAGACCAAAAGCGAGGCCAUGCAGCGCAUUUUCGGCCUGGACAACACCUCCUCCUUCCCUUUCUUCCCCCGACCGCGAUCUCUCUCCGGCUUCGGAACCGCCCUUCUCGGUAACAGCAAGGACGCAUUCCCGCCUGGGCUGGGCAACUGGGAUAACUCCUGCUACCAGAAUAGUAUUAUCCAGGGGCUGGCGUCGUUGCGGUCGCUCUCUGCUUUUCUGGGCCGGAAUGUGGACACAUUGGCGGAGAAGGGUUCAUUUUCUACGCACCAGGCUCUCCGCGGUAUUAUCGAUCGUCUGAACAGUGCUUCGAACGAUGGACGCAAGCUAUGGAUUCCGCCAGACCUCAAAUCUAUGAGCAGUUGGCAGCAACAGGAUGCUCAGGAGUAUUUUUCCAAAGUGGUGGACCAGAUCGAUAUCGAGAUCCGGAAGGCUUCGAGGGGACAGACGAGGAACAUGGGGCUCAAGAUGGUGGGACGAGAAGAAAAUGUCGUACGUGAUACCUCUCUGGAGUUAGAGGCGGUGGAUGAAGAUGCCUUGCCAACUCCAACGAUCGAGAAGUCCUCGUUUCGCAACCCCCUCGAGGGCUUGCUGGCCCAGAGAGUUGGUUGCAUGAAAUGUGGAUGGACAGAAGGCCUGUCGCUCAUUCCAUUCAAUUGCCUCACCGUCCCGCUAGGAGACAAAUUUGAAUACGAUGUUCGGGAGUGCUUGGGUCAGUACAUGGUCCUUGAGCCCAUUGAAGGGGUGGAGUGUGCCAAAUGCACAUUGCUACGUUCCCAGGAGCAGCUUCGCAGUCUUUUAAGUGGAAUCGAGGAAGACCAGAAUUCGUCUCUCGGUUCGGAUUCUGUACAGUUGAAUGAGGCAGUGAAAACAUCCGCCGAGAAACGGCUGGCAGCUGUCAAUGAGGCCCUUGAGGAGAAUGAUUUUGCUGAAAAGACCUUGGCGAAUAAAUGCCAUAUCCCCAGCAAAAGCCGGGUUUCGGCGACCAAGUCCAGGCAGGCUGUGAUUGCACGGACACCCAAGUGUCUUGUCGUUCACAUCAACCGCAGUCUCUUUGACGAGAUGACGGGGAUGCUGAAGAAGAACUACGCAGCUGUGAAAUUUCCCAAGACGCUCGAUCUGAGCGACUGGUGCCUCGGAGCUCAGGUCUCAGAUCAGGAAUCACUUGAGCAGUGGGAUAUGAACCCUGCGGAGUCGAUGCUUCCACAGCCCGGGGAGGCAGUCCAAAUCACCACCAGUCCACAGUACGAGCUGCGAGCAAUCAUCACACACUACGGCCGACAUGAGAACGGGCACUACAUCUGCUAUCGCAAGUACCCGACAGCCGUAUUUCCCGCCCAACCACCCGACGAGGUUCUCCAGGUCGAGGGCGACAAAGAGAAGGCGGAACACUGGUACCGUCUCAGCGACGAGGACGUGCAGAUGGUCAGCGAAGCACAUGUGAUGUCUCAAGGCGGCGCGUUCAUGCUCUUCUAUGAGGCCAUAGAUGACAGCCCUCUGGCGCUCCCGAACCACAUGCAGUCGGAGACAGCCGAGUCAGUGUCCAAUUCCACCAUGUCGGAGAACCUAUCUGCUGCAUCCACCGUCACAGAUGCCGAUUCCAGCACUUCGCGCGCGACCAGCGUGUCGACGCCCGAAGGCGCCGCUCUCCCGGUGGAAGAUGUCAAGGCUAUUGUCCCGCCGCUGAAGACGUCGAACGCGGUUGCCGUUCACGCCCCUGCGGAAGAAAUCGGCACAGAGUCUGUGGCAACCGUAUCGUGA